ACCCCACUGUUUGCAAACCCCAUAGAGCAGCAACUCAAAAGCUGCUGUUCAAAUACCAGUGAAAGGAAAACUCUGGAUUGUCUUCGCUUUCUAGACUGUGAGUUCUGCAGGGUGCCAUCACGGCAGGAUAUCUGUCCGGAGAAGGGCAUUGCAUUCUGGGUUAGGAGCUAGGUGUGGACCCCACUCCCAGACCCUCCAGAUUCCUAUAUUUGAGUUAUUGUGCCAUGGCCUCUAAGCCACAUCCUCCUCUAAUGAAGAAACACAGUCAGUCAGAUCUGGUGAGCCGGCUGAAGACCAGGAAGAUACUGGGGGUCGGAGGAGAGGACGACGACGGAGAGGUGCAUAGGUCGAAGCUCAGUCAGAUGCUGGGGAAUGACAUCAAGUAUCAGGUGCGAGAGCCUGUUGGUCUAAGGCUGUGGAUCGUCAUCUCUGCGUUAACCUUCACAGUUAUGGCCUUGAUGGCCCUGGUGUGUCCCAACCAGCUCUAUGAGGUGGUGUUUGAAGAAGAGAUCAACAAGACCAGCAUCUCCAUCAGGCUCUAUGGAGGAGCACUACUCAGUCUGUCCCUCAUCUUGUGGAAUGGAGUGUAUGCACAAGAGAAGGUCAUCCUUCAAUGGACUCUGCUCAGUGAAGCAUGCUACUUUGCUGUCCAGUUUAUAGUUACGUCGGUCACUCUGGUGGAGAUGGGCUCGUUUCCCAACGCUGCCAUCCUCCUCCUCCUCAGCCGGGUGCUCUUCCUCCUGGUCACUCUCUUCUAUUACUACCACCUGGGGAGAGGACGACCCAAGAAGAUCUGAGAGGAGGGAGGGGAGGAGAGAGGACGGCCCAAGAUGAUAUGAGAGGAGGGAGGGGAGGAGAGAGGACG